AUGGGCAGGUUGGACAGAUUAUGGCCUCUGCUGGGUCUUCUUAUUGGUCUUCAGAGCUGGACGCUGCUUGUGGUGAGAAGUCAGGAAUCUUUACAAAAGGAAGAUUUGUUGGUUAAUGACAUAUUCAGGAUUAUUCAGUGUGCAGAACGCAUUCAUGGAAACCAGAAGCUAUGUGAGAAGGCUCUUGCUUCACUUCAUUCACUGGAGAAUGGACGCUUCAUCUUAGCCAACAAGACAGAAAUCCUGCAACUUAUUAAAGAGCAAUACCAACAGGAAAUAAUGAAUGCCUCACAACACACUAAGAAUGCUGCCAACAAAGAAGUGUAAAUGACCUUUGCCAAGGGCACUGACACAGCGCCAUACCAGGACAGACCCUGGCUUUUGGACUUAUGGGCAGUAUACAUCCCAAAGAAUGAUGUCAUCAAGAAUUUGCACCAGGGCCAUUGUGUAAGUGGAAAAAACUCCCCUCGGCUGCAUUUUUUUACUGAUUUUAUCUUCCAGUCUCUAAUCCAGAGCAAUGAGGCAUUGAUGUUCCUCAUGCUUUAUUCAGAUCUGAAACAACUAUUGCACCAACUUGGUAUGUGCAAUAUCUUGAUCCUUGAUCCCAAUUCACCGAUCACCAGAGAUGAAUUUAGACAGAUCUGUUCUGCAAUCAUUCAGCUGCUGUUAAGUAACAUCUGUGGCCCUAUAAAAUCAACAGACAGGGCUUCACCACCAAGUAACAUUGAGAAAUAUGGCUACAGUACAGUGGCAGUGCUACUCAUCACGGUGGGUUCCAUGUUGGGGAUCUGUCUGAUUUGUUUUAACUCCUGUCAGAAGACAUACACUCUCAUCCUGCAGCUAUUUUUUGGGCUUGCUGUUGGCACACUCUCAGGAGAUGCACUGUUUCAUUUGAUACCACAGAUCCUUGGCCUUCAUGAUGACAGUGAGCAUGAUCAGGACUUCAUGAAGCAGAAAGACUACCUAUGGAAAAUAUUGGGUAUCAUUGCUGGGAUUUAUGGUUUCUUUCUGUUAGAGAGGAUUUUCUCAUUUAUAACACCAUUUCAUGGACAUAGUCACUCACAAAGCAUGUCUGUGCAGGAAAACUAUAAUGGAGAAAUCCAGCAAAGGAAUUCAGUUUCUAGAAUGCAACUGAGUACUUUGGAGGAGACAGAAUGUGCAGAAAUACAACCAGUGGAGCCCAACAUCAACCCUGCUCAGCCACAAAAACGAGGCAUUCCACUGCUGGCUUUGAUGGUGAUAGUGGGUGACAGUCUGCAUAACUUUGCGGAUGGUUUGGUUGUUGGAGCAGCUUUCUCCAACUCAGUUAAAACAGGCAUGGCAACUACAGUUGCUAUUCUGUGUCAUGAGAUCCCCCAUGAAAUAGGUAAUUUUGCAGUGCUGCUGACUUCUGGUCUCUCAGUCAGACGUGCUGUGCUCAUGAACCUUGUCAGUGCUCUUACAGCCUUCAUAGGGCUCUAUAUUGGCCUGCUGGUUUCCUCAGAAACAGAAAUUCAGCAGUGGAUCUUUACAGUCACAGCUGGGAUAUUUCUCUACCUCUCACUGGUAGAGAUGAUGCCUGAGAUGAGCAGAAUUCCUUCUCCACAUCCAGUUCUUAUGUUUUUCCUGCAAAAUACCGGUCUGUUAGCAGGAUGGUCUUGUUUAUUGCUUUUAGCAAUGUUUGAACACAAACUCGGUUUCUAA